AUGCCGAGGCAAAGGAAUACAACCGGUUGGUCCUACAACAAUGCGGCCGAGUCUUCCAAGGCAGGUGCUAAGGGGCCUGCAUCUCGAGUAACCGGCGCGGGAAAGAAGGCAACAACGCAAAAGAACCAGCUCUAUUCAAACCCAAUCCCGGUCGCACUCGAUACAAGUGGCAAUGCUGCUUCUACUUCAGGCAAGGCCGAAACGGAAAGCACGCUCUGGUCAACACUUUGCAUGCUUUUAACGCUCGGGCACAGUUCACCAACGAAACAGGUCAGCGUCGCUGCUGACAAGAGCCUAAAAGGAAAGGAAAGGGUGCCGGUGUUCUACGAUCGACAAUUACAGACCGUCUGGGUGGAAGAGCUGGACGAGGGCAUUCGGCUUCUGUGGCAACGUGGCUUCUUUGGCAAGGGCAAUCUGUCGCGUUCCGAGCCUACGUGGCGCCAGCGCAAGGUUAACGAGAUCGACGCUCUUCGCAAAGGCCGCAUGACGGCCGAGCAACUCACGCAGCAGAGGAGAGAAGAGCGCAAGGCACUCAAAAUCGAACGAGCUCGAGCUGCGGUGCGUGCGGGUCAGCAGCUGCCGGACGGAAUCCUGGCGCUCGGAGGCGAGAUCACCGAGGCCGAUCGAGCUCCUGGUGCAUCGCAUGACCGGUUGAUGGCCGACAUCGAACGACAGGUGGAAGAGCAGCUGGAUGAUGAAGACGCUGCCGACCUCGACACAUCCGACCCCAAGACAGAAGCGACGGGACUGUGGACGGGCCAAGAAGAGGUGCCGGACAUUGUGCCCGGUGUAGCGCGCAUCAAGGGCCUCAAGUACUUUGCCGAAGAAGUCAAGGCGACUCAAGCAAGGAAGCUGGCUCAAAGCACGAACGAGGACGAGAUGGCUCUGGUUGGAGCAAACCCAAAAGCCGCGCAGGCUGACGCCGACGAAACAGCAGACAUUGACGUGGUAGAUGUGGAGCGAAUGCAGCUUUCGCUCGUCGAGGCGUUUUUCCUCUCUGCCAUGUUUGGAUGUCUCGACAUUCGCUCUGGCGAGGUCUCGAAAGGUGCACGAUUGCUCGACCUCGAAGAAUUCUAUACGUCAUGCCUGCAAUCAAGCUUGCCACAGACGCUGCUGGAUCUGCGCGAUCGCGGACUGCCCGAACGACACUUGCAAAAACUCUAUGCGCGACCCGACAACCCGUUCCUGAUCAACUACGUCGCCUACCAUCACUUUCGGUCGCUCGGCUGGGUGGUAAAGACCGGCAUCAAGUUUUGCGCCGACCUGCUGCUGUACAAGAGGGGACCCGUGUUCUCGCAUGCCGAGUUUGCCGUCGUCGUAAUUCCGUCAUACGAAGAUGCACAAGACCAAGAGUCGAGCCCGUUCGCCCCGCAUCCCAACGCAGGCCGCAAGGACUGGAUCUGGUUCAGCACGGUCAAUCGCGUACAGAGCCAGGUGCUCAAGACACUCAUUUUGGCGCACGUGUUCGUGCCUUCGCUUAGGCGCUGUCCGCCGCAGACGCUCGCCACGCCCGAGGCAUUCUUCGAAUCGUUGCGCGAGAGGAAGAGCUACGCGGUCAAGGAGGUGGCGAUCCGAAGAUGGGUUCCAGCAAGGAUGAAGCCGUAG